GCCUUGUACCAUGUGACAAGCUGUGACCAAUCACAGCUCACACAGUAAUUCUCAAUGGCUGCAAGAUACUGUUGCAUGUGAUCACUGAUUGGCCAAUCAGUGAUCACAUGAUCGGGACAUCGUACAGAGGUCCCGUCCGACGAUCGGUGUUUCACUGUGUCCGGAGGACACAGCGGGCACCGGAUCGCGGUGCUGCGCGCUCCCAGGGAGUGCGCACAAGCAGGGUGCGGGGAGACUGUUUAUAAACGGCCACCCGACCCUGCACUGCCACCGUCCGGACGUUUAUAUGCAACGGCCGGUCGGGAAGUGAUUAAUG